UCGCUCGCGCUGCAUCCACUGAAGCUGCUGCCCGAGCUCACUGUGCCCAAGAAGCGCACAAUAGAAAACGCACGGAGGAGUAAACACAGUGAGUCGCUUGGUCUGGAGUGAUGAUUCGAUAGACCGCCGGGUUGUAAGGGUGAACAAAAUGUUGCAGAGGUAGAACUUCUUCGACUGUUGGCUUUUACCUUUUGCAUCGGGACAAGUAGAGUACCGCUCUUUCUCCUCCCUGGUAAAUGAGUGAUGAAGAAGAUGAUGAUGCAGUCCUGCUAUAGGAAAGGUCUGCAGGUGUGUUUGCUCCUGCUGAUGGUGGAAAGACUCCAGGGCAGGGUAACGGCGCCGGAGCGUUUGGAAGCUCCCGUGGAGAAGCCCUUCACGCUCACUUGCAGUGUCUCGAGGGAACGAGGUGAGCUUCUGAGGCAGGUGCGCUGGCUGGAUGUCAAAAACCAGACCCUGCUGACCUACCAACCCGGCAACAGAGAGAGCGUGAGCGGACAGCAGCAUGUGGAGCUCGCCUCCUCCCCCAAAGACUCCUCGGCCAUCACCAUCCGCAGGGUGGGUUUCCGUGAUGAAGGCUGCUACACCUGCAUCUUUGACAUGAAUCCUUCUGGGUCAAAGCAGGGACUGACGUGCCUCACUGUUACCGCUCAAGUCACGGUCGAAAGUAACAAGACAGCGGUGAGCGGCAAGAAGGCCUCGCUGUCGUGCUCCUACGGUUUGCCUGAGAAGGUCCAACAGAUCACGUGGAAACACACGUCAGCAAAAGGUGACUCCACGGAGGUGGCUUCCUUCGCGAAGCGGAGCGACCCCAUGAUAGAGCCAUCGUUCCAGGGAAGAGUCUGGCUGAGUGCCUCCCUGUCAGAUAGUCAGCUCACCAUCCAGCCCGUCUCCGUCCAGGACGAGGGCUGCUACACCUGCCUGUACAACACACAUUCGGACGGGCCCAAGAUGUCCACAGUUUGCCUCGUCACCUACGUGCUGCCCAAACCUCAGGUGAGCUACAAGACCACCUCUCCUGGUGUGAUCGAAGCCAACUGCACCUCAGUGUCGCGGCCUCCAGCAGAGAUUGUGUGGAACGUGGAGCGGGAUAACCGCACCGUGGGCCCCCCCGUGACGACGCUGCUCCCGCAGGGCGACGGGACCACUCUGGUCAUCAGUACGUUGACCGUCCAAUCAGGGCUGCUGAAAGACGUGUCCAUCAAAUGCUUGGUGCACCACAAAGGGCUCGAGUCGCCGAUCGCUGUAUCCAUGAACACUAAAAUUGGGACGGCUCUCACCAUCUUGAUCUCUGUCACUACGGCGGCUUCCCUGCUGGUCAUGUCCCUCUGCUUCUGCCUUUGGAAGUGUUUCUUGCACAAAGAAGCUGAUUAAUGUCUCAGAUGAGACCAGAGACUGAUAAGAAGGGGCAGUGCUUCUCCAAGCCAACUUAGCAGAAUUGUUUCCCUGCCUCAUGAUCAUCGCCAUCGCCAUCAUCAUCAUCAUCAUCAUCAUCAUCAUCAUCAUCAUCAUCAUCAUCAUCAUCAUCAUCGUCAUCAUCAUCAUCAUCAUCAUCAUCAUCAUCAUCAUCAUCAACAUCAACAUCUUGGGGAAAAGGGAAGAUAAUCUGACACACAUGUAUUGGAUGAAAAAUAAAAUUGUAUUUAUGAAUGAAAACUGUACAUUAUGAAUCUGUUAUGCCGCUGACUCUUCAUCUCCAGACUGCCCUCACAUUAAGUCACCAGGGAAACAUUUCCCCCCCGACUCUGUAACUGAUUGAGCAGAUGGCCCCCCCGACAGACCGAAUAGCAAAUUAAAGUCCACUAUUGCCCUUCAAAUACUUCCCUCUGUUUGUCCAUCUUUUACCUGGAUUCAGAUGUGUGGUGAUAUUGUAUUUCUUUUUUAUUCAACAGAUCCGAUGAGAAGACUAAAACCAACAACGAACUGAUUAUAUAACAACCAUUAUAUGUAAAGCCAGUCUAAUGUAGCAUGGCCCUUUCUAUCCAAAAGCGCUUAACAAAAACUCACUAUGAGCCAAGAUGCACCAGGACGAGAACAUAAGCACAGUCACUUAUUACACGGCUGAAAUCUCCUCCUGUUUACCCCACUUUCAGUAAAAGUUUUAAAAACCUUUUUUCCCAGUGAAUUAGUGAAUGGUUAUUUCAUUAAAAACUCACAUCUUAGUUACAGUAGUUCCCCUGACAAACGAGUAUUGUGGAGGUCAUUUUCUGUAUUUUUCUGUGAUGUCUUUAAUUAAAUAGAACAACUAAGUAUUGUUCAAAUAGUUCAACUAAGAAGACUGCAUACUUCAGUAUUGUUUGUGUAAUAUCUAUUGCAAACUCUUCAACAUGUUUCAAAGUGUGCAUAUGUGUGUGCGUGUGUGUGUGUGUUCAUGGCUUAGGGGUUGAAUUCUGUGGUCAAGUAGCUUGAAUCAAUUUCCUGCAGAAGCAACACAGAAACCUUUUUGGUGCCCCUGAGAGGAAUGCAUGUCUCGCUGCUCGUCUGCAGCGCAGAGUGAGGGAACCUCGUGUGUGUGAAAAUGUGAGCGCGAGUAAACAGGUCGGGGCGUGGAGAAUUGCAUUAUGGGUUUGAUAAUGGUUAAAUGCGCAUUCGUACUUUGCUCUGGAUCAAAGUGGCACCUAAAUACCUAAAAUAUAGAAACGUUUUUAGAUUAUGUCAUGGGUGCAUCUGUACAGAACAAUAUAAGCUUGAUGCUGAAACGGUCUUGCAUAUCAAAGCAUAUAAAUGAAUGACAUGCUGGUUAUCAGAUUUCAAACUUAUUGCUUCAGUCGGGCUCGUCACAUUCCUCACCAUUAACAAGCCUUCAGGAAGCAUCUUUCUGUCUGUGUAGUGGUUUAAAGCUCGGAGCUUACAGUAGAAUAAUUAUGAAUGUAUUUUCAGAACAUUUGUUGAAAAUAAAUGUGAGUAUCUGGCCUUUUAGAAACUACAGUCACGUAAAAGGAUUUAAAUAUGAAAUGAUGCAUAAUGAUGGACAACAUAAAGUGUAUGUGAUGAUUGUAACAAAUAUAUGAAAAUAAAUAUUUGAAUUUUUGAAGCUUUAUCAAAUUAAAAUCUUUUAUCGCCA